UUCAAUCGCGCUCGCGAUUCUACUAGACAAAUCGAGCCAGUCGAAAUACACACACAGCGCUCCCCCUGCAGCCGCACUCUGCUCCGGCGCAGUUCUGGGGGUUUGAACACAUGACCUCUCGAAAUAUCGCGCAUCGGUAUGCGUUAUCGGGGCUCAUAACCUGUUGAACUUGAGCAAGGAAAAGCGCUCACCCCGACGUGGGAUGGAUUAGUUCCUUGCAUCAUUCUCGAGGUAUAUGAGUGCUGAUCGCUAUACUUCAACACUCCCCCUCGAGCAGCACUCCACAAACACACUUGGCCUUGACUGCUCACUUGCACUUCAAUCGCGCUCGCGAUUCUACUAGACAAAUCGAGCCAGUCGAAAUACACACACAGCGCUCCCCCUGCAGCCGCACUCUGCUCCGGCGCAGUUCUGGGGGUUUGAACACAUGACCUCUCGAAAUAUCGCGCAUCGGUAUGCGUUAUCGGGGCUCAUAACCUGUUGAACUUGAGCAAGGAAAAGCGCUCACCCCGACGUGGGAUGGAUUAGUUCCUUGCAUCAUUCUCGAGGUAUAUGAGUGCUGAUCGCUAUACUUCAACACUCCCCCUCGAGCAGCACUCCACACACACACUUGGCCUUGACUGCUCACUUGCACUUCAAUCGCGCUCGCGAUUCUACUAGACAAAUCGAGCCAGUCGAAAUACACACACAGCGCUCCCCCUGCAGCCGCACUCUGCUCCGGCGCAGUUCUGGGGGUUUGAACACAUGACCUCUCGAAAUAUCGCGCAUCGGUAUCUGGAGGGUUGGGACGUGGCUGCCAACACGGCCGACUUGAACGGCGGCGGGGUGUACGUGGCGGAGGGCCGCGGCUGCGCCACUUACGCGCAGUGCUACACCGUGCAGUUGGACAACGUCAACAUCUCAGGCAAUGCGGCGCUCCGCGGGCGUGGCGGCGGCGUGUUCUGGCGGGAUGAGGGCACGUUCGAGGUGCUGAGCUGCCCCGCGGACGAGACACGCGCCGUCAACCUCACAGCCAACCUCACAGCCGAGCUGGUGCUGCGGCGCCGCAAGCCGCCCGCGCAGUGGUACGGCGCAUUGUCCCGCCGGACCCAGCUAGAGCUGCUGGCGACGCUGGGGCCGGGCCUGGCGGCGGCGGCGGCGGCGCCGGUGCGGGAGGCGGCGGCGUACACUGCUGGCGGCCAGUUGGCGCCGUACGACCUGGCGGCUGUACGUGGACUGGCGGAGAAGCUGUACAACAGCAACGGCAGUAGCAGCGAUAAUGGCAGUAGCAGCAGCGGCGACAGUGGCAGCGACGGUAGCACGGAUGCGGGUGUGGCCCCGCAGCCGGCGGCGGUGGCGGUGGUGCGGCUGCUGCUGAACGACACCACGUGGCAGGGCCUGCCGGCCUCGCACCUGCCCUGCAGCGGCUGGCAGUUCAACCGUGCCGGCGGCGGGGACGACGUCGCCAGCACGCCCUUCUACGCACUGGUGCAGCCGCGUGUGGACUUCUACUCCUCCAACACGGAGCUGUCGCUGCCCGUGUUCCUGCACGACUGGCUGGGGCAGAACUGCACCGGCGACCAGGCCGCGCAGCCCUUCUCCGUGACCUACGCCGACUCGCCGCUGGUGUCGGGCACAACCCGCAUGUUGGCGUCCAACGGCUCGGCGCACUUCCUGUCCAUCAAGCUGCGGGCGCGUGAGGGCCCGCACAACGUGUCAUUCUAUGCGCGCAUGAACGACCCCAACAGACUCGUCAAGGCAGACCAGGUCCAGGUGUACGUGCGGCCCUGCAGCAUAAAUGAGUUCCUCACACCCGGAAACCAGGACGAAUGCAUCAAGUGCAAGGUCGGGUUCUACAACUUCGAUGUCAAAUCGGAGACGUGUAAGCCCUGCCCCGACAACGCCGAGUGCCGUUACCCGGGCGAGGCCGAGUCCGCGGGCGCCUCCGGUGACGGCGCCGCCACCACCGCCUCCGCCGCCGCCCCUGCCGCCGGGGCUGCUGUCGCAGCAGGCUACCUAGUGCCCGCGGACGGCUACUGGCACAGCAGCUUCUUCAGUGAUCAGAUCAUCGAGUGCCCCAAUCCCGACAGCUGCACGACCGAGGCGCGCUCCAACAACCUGACAGCACUGCAAGUCCAGAUCUGGCAGUCCACUCGGUUGCUGCAAAUGAACGAUUCCCUGGUGGAGGCUGAGCUGUUCGGUCAGGCGCUGCUGGCAGACUCGGUGGGCCGCCGCCGCCGCCGGCUGUUGCAGGACGCAGCCGUCAACAGCACCAGCGCCGCAGCCAUUGCUGCGGCGGCGUUGCCCCUCUUGAAGGGCUACAUGGGCGCGCAGUGUGCUGAGGGCUACAUGGGCGCCCUGUGCGGCGAGUGCGCCCCGGGCUGGGGCUGGAUCGACAUCGCCACAUGCACGGAAUGCCCCAGCCAGUCCAUCAACGCGCUCUACUAUGCGCUCGCCACUCUUCUGACUGUGGCCUCCCUGGCCCUGGCCAUCCACGCCAGCCUGAGGGCCCAGACCCACGGCGACAGGCUCGGGCCGUCCGAAGGAGGCGGAUCGCGGACUCCCAGCGCUAUCGGGCGUUCGGGUGGCAGCGGUUCCAAGGCGCGGCUUGGCACACUUGCGGAGAUAAUCAGCCGUGUGUCUGCUGGAGCGUCAGUAAGUGCCGCCAGCGGCACAAAAAAGAUGCCAUCCGCUGCAGCAGCAGCCAACUCGUUUGUUAAGAAGAGUGCAGGAUCAUGGGUUGGCGGCAGCGGGCCCAAUGCAACCGCACCUGGCGCGGCGGCGGUUGCUGCGUCCAGCACAAGCACAGCAGCAGGAGGCAGCGCAGAGGCGGCGGGAGGUAGAGCUGGCACGCUGCCGUCAGUCUAUCCGUCUGCCGUAAUCCUGGUCGUCACCAACUCAGCAGACGUACCUUCCGGGGCGGAAUCAGUGCGACACUCAACAGCGCGCGACGCUGCGCCGGAGGUUGCAGCUGAGCUUGAGCCCGAGCGGCCUGCAGCGCCUCAUCAGCACCAGCAGCCAGAAGCGCUGCCGCCGGCGCCUCUCGAGGCCGCAGCAUUGUUCGCGGGUCCAGCAGGCUGGAAGGACGCGGCGGACAACAGCACAGCGGCACCGUUGAGACCUGGGGCCGCGGGCGAGGACGUGGAGGGCAGCAGCAGGGGCUGGGCUGGAGAGGGCCCGCGGGGCGAGGCGGAGGAGGCUUCGGCGGAGUCGCGCGCCGAGCUGUCCACGGUAAUGCGCAUCUUCAUCGCCUACCUUCAGGUUCUGGGGCUCCUGAACUCCAUCAACAUUGAUGCGCCCCCCGCCGUCAAUGUGUACAACGGCCUGUGCGACCAGUCCUCCGGAUACCCAGGCACGCUUGUGUCUUUGGACUGCUCGCUGCCCGACGACAUGAGUGUGAGCAAGGCCACGUUCCGCACGCUGCUGAACGCGCUGGCGCCCUUCUACGCCUACGCCGCCGUCCUGGUCAUCCUGGUGGCGGUGGCGCUGGUCAAAUACCCCGUCAAAAGGAAGCGGCAGGACAGCCGCAGCGCCAGGCAGGGCCUCCUGGCCUACGUGCUGGGCAGCCUGCAGCGGCAGUGGCUGACCAGCCUGUGCACAGUCAUGUUCUUCUUCUACCCCACCGUCGUCACCGCGCUGCUCUCCAUUUACGACUGCCAGGGUGUGGACUCGCCGGCAGUGAGCGCCAGCAACCCCCUCGUGGCGCACAUCGGACUGCUGACGGACAGCGUGUGGAAGCAGGACUUUGGCGCGACCUGCUAUGAGGGAGAGCACCUGGCCCUGGCGCUGGGCCUCGGCAUUCCCGGGCUGCUGAUUGUUGGGCUAGGCUGGCCCGUCCUGUCCGCGCUCAUCCAGGCGCGCAAGCUGCCAGGCAUGACCAACGGCAUCUUUAAGAGCUUCAACGAGCUGAACGAAAUCAACCACGCCGACUACCGACCCAACUACCUGUGGUGGGAGAGCGCUGUGCUGGUGCGGCAGCUGGCGCUGUCGCUGGUGGUGGUGUUCAUGGCCAGCGGCGUGAGCGUGUACGUGCAGCUGCUGGUGCUCAUGCUCAUCCUGGUGGUCAACACCGCGAUCCAAACGAUGCUGCGGCCGUACCGCUGCCCGAACGUGGGCACGCUGGCCCUGGCGUCCAUGUACAUCCUCAUCGCCACGGUGUACCUCAUGCUGUACCUGCCCGCCACGGGCGACGCCGGACGCAACGCCGUGGGCAUCAUCCUGGUGGUGCUCAACGCCCUGACCGCCGCGGGCUGCCUGUGGUACAUCACACUGGCGUAUUGGUGGGGCAUGCUGGACGACACGGGCCUGGCCAAGAUGGACACGGAGCAGCGGCGCCGCAUGACCUACUCCGAGAUUCGAGCACACAUCAUCGAGCACAAGUCGGACGAGGACGGUAACCAAGCUGGGAAACCGAGCCUAGCAAAGAGGCUGUCAGACAUGGGUGUCGCCGGCUCAGCUAGCGUUCAAGCCGCUGCUGUGUCGAUGGUGCACAGCGGGGAGCGCUCUCUUGUGGCGCUGCGGAGCAAGAUGAGCCGCGGCAAGGAGCCUCCUACGCGCGGGGCCUCCUACGCGCUCUCGACGCCCCUCGCGUCGCCGCGCCCAACAGAGUCCCCGCCUGCCAUGGAGGGCAAGGAGAAAGCCUCAUUCCGCCGUUGAGGAUGAAAGGCAGACACGGCGCACUUGCAAAUAUUUGGUUAGGAUAGUCACAUCCGCGUGGCGUUGGACUUGAUAAUUCUUAAUUCCUGAUACUGACCCAGUUCUGUGUUCAAUAAGCGGCGUUGAGCCCCUGGAGCGUGGUGUAUUGCUGUUUGGUUCGUUGCCUGCUGUGCUUGUGCUUGACAGCGGGGCGCGGCUGGACACAUGGCGGGCCGUGCAUGUACAAACCGACCCCGGCUUUGUCCGAGAGAUGAGUGCUUGCGGCCUUGGCGUGGGCGCAGCCCACCUUCACCCUGGGAGGGAAAGCCACCAUCUUGUCGUUGAGCGGUUGAGGUGGAGAGCAAAGAUUUAUCAUUCGCUGGAAGGAUCCUGAGGGGAUAGGUAUUUGUUAGCGCUGUCCUGCGGAAUGGGUUACGCACGGAGGGCGACAGGUCUUCAUUGAUUGAUGAAGCAGCACCUGAGAUAAGGAGCUGUGGGGAUAUUCACGUGGGAUACUCAGUACCUUCAUUUGUUGUUCGGGCGCUACGAGUGGCAGUGCAAUGUGUUGACGUGUUGUAUUAAGCCUCCUGAAACUCCUGUGGUUGGGGGACAGGCCAGCACAAGAGGUUGCCCAACCCUGCUUUGGUGCUGCGCUGGUGUAACGAUGUGCCAGAUAGCGGAGUUAUACCAGAACGGUGAUGGCGCAUGUCAGGCUGGCGCGGGGUUGGCCCGCCCGCCCCCGGGCGCGAGGAGCAGGAUAAAGCGGGGCGCAAGCUAGUGUGCGAAUGCUGCCUAAGGCUA